CCCCACCCCCCACCACGCAUCGAAGCCAGUUGCAACUACGUGGAAUAAGCUAAGCGCAUGAAUGCGUUUUAAGGGAAUCCUUCGGAAUGGCUGCAUGAAUGCGGGGGGAAUCAGGAGUAUUGUCUGCAAGCUGCUGAGACGGAGAUGUCGACGGAACGCGAGCGGGCGGCGCUGUGAGUCCGGUCCGAGCAAUCGGUGUCCUCAUCGCUCCAGGGAGGACAGCAACACUUGUAUCGGGAUUUGAGAUGCGCCGUGAACGGGGACUUAUGGUGGCAGAUGCUGCAGGGUGGCGCAGUGCCUUGCAGCUGUGAUGCAGGGGACGGAGUGAUGGUCUCCGUGCAGAGGGCUGAUUUCGUUUGGUCCCCGAUGGAGAGAUGGGUGGAAGCGGCUGUCUCUCAGCGUUGACUUUAGGCCGUCGACAGCAGACUGAAUGUCGUUGGUGAGCAGAAGAAGUAUUGGUGCAGUUCGCGUACAUUUUGGUGAAGAGAGAAAAAACGUUCUUUCUUAUUCUUGACUUGUAUUGUUGUUGCCCAUAAAGUGAACGUCAUACAUGGCCUACAGCUACUUUUGAAUGUGUAGUUUCCUGUGUACAGGCCUAGUGGUAUUGACAACUCAAGUUAAGCCUCUUGUUGGGAUUGACUCAUCCAGGUCCUGAUCCGUUAACAUAGCUUUCCUCUUUGGCCGACCAAUGUUCAAUAAUACAUCCCAUCGGAGCUGACCGCAUUAGGUUCCAUUGUGGGGCCACCAUUUUAUACCAUGACCCACCUUCAGGCCGGCCUGUCCCCAGAGACCCUGGAGAAGGCCAAAGUGGAGCUCAAGGAGAACCCCGACACGUUGCACCAGGACAUCCAGGAGGUCCGGGACAUGAUCAUCACCCGCCCGGACAUCGGGUUCCUCAGGACAGAAGACGCUUUCAUCCUGAGGUUCCUCCGAGCGAGGAAAUUCAACCAUUUCGAGGCGUUUCGCCUGUUGGCUCAAUACUUUGAGUACAGGCAACAGAACUUGGACAUGUUCAAGAACCUGAAGCCCACGGACCCGGGCAUCAAACAGGCCCUGAAGGAUGGCUUCCCCGGCGUGCUGUCCAACCUGGACAAGUACGGCAGGAGGAUCCUGCUGCUGUUCGCCGCCAACUGGGACCAGAGCAGGUACACGUUUGUGGACAUACUGAGAGCUAUCCUGCUGUCGUUAGAAACUAUGAUCGAAGACCCAGAGCUACAGGUCAACGGCUUCAUCCUCAUCAUCGACUGGAGCAACUUCACCUUCAAGCAGGCUUCCAGGCUCACGCCCAGCAUGCUGCGGCUGGCCAUUGAGGGCCUGCAGGACAGUUUUCCCGCCCGGUUCGGAGGGAUCCACUUUGUGAACCAGCCGUGGUACAUCCACGCCCUGUACACCGUCAUACGGCCCUUCCUCAAGGACAAGACCAGGAAGCGGAUCUUCAUGCACGGCAACAACCUCAACAGCCUCCACCAGCUCAUCCACCCUGAGAUCCUCCCUUCCGAGCUGGGGGGGAUGAUGCCGCCCUACGACAUGGGCACCUGGGCCCGCGCCCUCCUGGACCACGCCUACGACGAGGAGGCAGACUACUGCCCCGAGUCCUACACACUCUCUGUCCAGGACCUGGAGAAGGACCUGGAGAAAGACCUGUCCCCAAAGACUAUGAAGAGGUCUCAGUCGGUGGUGGAAGCGGGGCUCCUGAAGCGUCCAGACAAAGUCACCAGUCAAGAGGACAACAUGAAGCCUCUUCUCGCGCUGGACUGAGCCCUAUCACACACACACUUGGAGCCAUACACCAGGACACAUUCACCAUACACUCAAAUGCACAACACACCUUCUCAUACACACAAAACACAGACACAAGUUCUAAAUGUUUUAGCUGAAGCAGAGCUGUUGAGCAAAAUGGAUGCAUGCUCCCACAUGCUCUGGAGCACAGACACUUACCCAUACUGGGCCAUACUGGGACCCUUUCAAAGGACAUGGAAAGUAAACGGAGAGCUACUGGGAGCCUUUCAACUUGGAGUCUGAACGGAGAGCUACUGGGAUCCUUUCAACAUGGAGUCUGAAUGGAGAGCUCCUGGGAGCCUUAAGAGAGCAUGGAGUCUGAACGGAGGCCCGGACGUGUCGUGGUAACACUGAAAGCACCAUGCAAGUUUUUCUUACUGGCGCUCUUUUUGCUAUUGUCAAGUGCAGAUUCCAAGUCAAUAUGAAAUCGGGAACUAAUCCUCAGUAUUUAUAAUUUAAGGUAUUGCACACACAUCAAAUUCAUGUUCAGUAAAUAUAACCAGAAUGUUGGCCACAAUAAAUGGGUUAAUCGUUAAA